CUGGAAUCCAAAGAGUGUGAAGGCGACAGGCAUGGACAACGCGGGCAAGGAACGGGAGGCGGUCCAGCUGAUGGCGGAGGCCGAGAAGCGCGUGAAGUCCUCCCACUCGUUCUUGAGAGGGUUGUUUGGAGGAAAUACAAGAAUAGAAGAGGCUUGUGAAAUGUAUACGAGAGCUGCAAACAUGUUCAAGAUGGCCAAAAAUUGGAGUGCUGCAGGAAAUGCCUUUUGUCAGGCAGCCAAGUUGCAUAUGCAGCUACAGAGCAAGCAUGAUUCUGCUACAAGUUUUGUGGAUGCUGGAAAUGCUUACAAAAAGGCUGAUCCACAAGAGGCUAUCAACUGCUUAAAUGCAGCCAUCGAUAUUUACACAGACAUGGGAAGAUUUACAAUUGCAGCCAAGCAUCAUAUUACAAUUGCUGAGAUAUAUGAAACUGAGCUGGUAGAUAUUGAAAAGGCUAUUGCACAUUAUGAGCAAUCAGCUGACUACUAUAAAGGAGAAGAAUCAAACAGUUCAGCCAACAAGUGUCUUCUGAAGGUGGCAGCGUACGCUGCUCAACUAGAACAGUACCAGAAAGCAAUUGAAAUCUAUGAGCAGGUUGGAGCAAAUACUAUGGACAAUCCUUUGUUGAAGUACAGUGCAAAAGAUUACUUCUUUAAAGCAGCUCUUUGUCACUUCAUAGUUGAUGAAUUGAAUGCUAAGCUUGCUCUUGAAAAAUAUGAAGAAAUGUUUCCAGCAUUUACUGAUUCAAGGGAAUGCAAAUUAUUAAAAAAACUGCUAGAAGCUCAUGAGGAACAGAACAGUGAAGCUUAUACUGAAGCGGUUAAAGAAUUUGACUCAAUAUCUCGCCUGGAUCAGUGGCUUACUACUAUGUUACUUCGUAUCAAAAAGUCAAUUCAAGGGGAUGGAGAAGUGGAUGGUGAUCUGAAGUGAAUUGCCUAUAAUCUUUGUGGCAUGCAGCCUAACUCCUAUUUAUAUAUAUGUUAAUGGCCAGUGACCAUUACGGGAUACCCCAUUUCCCAUUAAUGGCUUCAUUUGUGUUGCAUAUAAACCAGAUGACUGCAUAUUGUUUAAGAUCCCUGUGUCUGUGUUAUGAUGAAGUGGAUGAAUAAGGGUCCUCUAAUGUUGUUUGUAUGUGAUGUGGAAAUAGUAUAUAUUUGUCAGAUUUCUAAAAUCUCUGGAAAAAAAUACUUCAUGAAAUAAUAUAUUUUUCAUUCCUUUUCAGUGUUUAAAGAACCCAGGUUUUAUUUUUGCUUGAUGUUUCUGUAUGGUGCCUUAGGCUUUAGCACCAACUUAAUCAUGUAAAUGUAUGCUUUGUGCAUAUGGAAUACACAUAUUAGCAUUUUAAUCUAUACUAGCUUUAAACAUGUGUAUGUAAUGGGCAGUUGUUGGGAAUGGGUUUAUCCUUUUGUUUUUUAGUUAUUACAGAACUAUCUUACUGGUGCUAGUGAUUAGCUCCUUUGCUUUUUUUUUUUAAUACCCUAUUUAUGGGCAUAAAAAAAGAUUAUGUAGUGAUCUGGGUCUGUUGGUAUUACUUGUCAUGGGUAUAGGGACAGCCAACAGUUUAUUUUUCUCAGGCUAGGAAAUUAAAAUCAAAUUCAAUCAUCAUCACAUGCACAUAUACAUGCACAUUGCUGAAAAACUCAUGAGGAACAGAACAUGAAGUUGGUCCAUGCAAAGAUUUUUAGAGACCUUGGCAUCAUGGCUAGAGUGCUAAAUUUAAAAGUCAGAAAAUUUCAGUUCAAACCCAGUUUCUGACACCUAUUAUUAGCUGUGUGACUAUGGGCAAGUCACUUAAUAAUAUCUUUGAGCUUGUUUCCUUACCUAUAAAAUGCUGAUACUACCUAUGGUACCUACCUCACACUGUUGUUGUGAGGCCUUAAAUAAGAUAAUGUAUAUGAAUUAUUUUGCAAACUUUUAAUUACUAUUUAAAUAUCAGUUAUUAUUAUUAUGCCCAUGUACUAUAAUAGGUAUUUGAAAAUUUGCUACAGCAUAUUUUUUCCUUUUUUUCCAUUUGAAGUGUUAGAACAUUUUUCAAGUAAUAAAAAAAAGUGUAUUAUAGUGACCAUGUGAUAGUAAUUGAAAUAUUCCAUUAACCUCUAAACAAAUGUCUGUAUAUAGACACAGAAAAAAAAAUUCACACUCCUAGCUGUUAUUUGUUGUACAAAUUACUAUAUGUAGAUAGUAUAAUAAGAUUUCCAUUUCCUCACUGUGUGUACACAUAAAGUAUAUGUGUAUUCUAUAUAAAAUAGUUGUUUCAUUAGGAAAUUUUUCUCAUUUUUGACUUAUGGUUGAAAUUGCUUCCAUCUCCAGAGUCACCAAAAAAAAAAUAGUUUUGAUGACUUUUUCAGUGCCACUUAACUCUGCUAAGAUGUGCUCUUUUCUAUACAUUUGUGUUAUGUCAGGGAAAGGGGAGACUUUUAGGAUUAUUGGCAAUGAGUUAGAUGUAUUUAUUUGGUUUAAUUAGUGAGUCGGGUGUUGCUCUUUUUAGGAAGUAAAAAUAAUUUGCUAGGGGACCAUCAUGAAUCUCUCAGCAGAUGACUGUAUAUUUGAAAUGUUUCAGUGUUUGAAGCUAUUUGGGUUAUCUAUCUUUUCAGUCUUCGUAUACAAAUCUAUCCUAGCUGUUAGGUUAUGAAACAGAUGCUGUAUGUAGACAUAGUCAUGUUUCUAGCCUAUUACUGUUCUGCUGUUAAUAUUUCUUAGGCUGAAAUGGCCAUAUUGAUAUUUUUAGAUAGCCUGUUGUAAACUGUAUUUCCCUAUUAAAGACAUAAAUGUUUUGGGUGACAAUGGAGCAAUCACAAGUACUAGUGAUGUGGAAUUUGAAUGUAUGUUAUGUUGUUUUGUGGACAUUCCCAAUUUAAAAGAUCUCUUCAUAAUCGCUGCUUGUAUUCUUAAAUGGUAACAGAAUAAUUUUCCUUGAAUUAAAACAAUGGUGUAUUUUAGAGACCCAGAAAGACAAAAAAUGGAUAUUAUUGGAGAUGUAAGAUGGAAUUGGUUAUAAAUCUUGGUGGUGAACAGGUGACUCUUCUAUACAUAGCAAUACUGAGUGUUUUUACUUUGUAUACUUUUUCCUGCCUAUUUUUAGCCACUUGGUAAUUAAAUAAAGAACAAGGUUAGUUAAUUUUGCCAUGAUUUUAGCUUUACAGAAUUGUAUGUAAUUUCUGGGCUUUUCAUUCUGGUUUAUUCCCCACCUGUAACUGCAUGCAUAUCACAGGGAAUCCAUUGCCAGAAAGUCCAAUGGACUGCCCUUUCCAAAAUACAUUGGAGAAGAAAAAGUAAGGAAAAUAAACCCUGAUUUGGCAGCUUUUCAAAUAUUAUUUUGGCAGUUCUUUUUCAGUUUUUAGAAAACUAAAAAAUGUCAUCAUGAAAUGUCUGUGUAAUGAUUGUUGAAAUUACAUGCUCAGAGGCAUCAAGAGAUUUAUUUACAGAUUACUGUGAGAAUUUGGUUUAAUACCAUUUCUAACUUUGGAAAGAAACACUUCUCACUAAAUUUAUACACUGAUUUCAUCUGCCUGCUUCUCUUCUGCAAAUGUAUUUUUUUUAAAUUUUUCUAGGCAAUGGGAUUAAGUGACUUGCCCAAGGUCACACAGCUAGUAAGUGUU